AUGGGGAUUGAUAGAAAUGAAGAUUGGGUGGCACAAGAAGCUAGAGGGACAUUAAGUUUUGCUAAUGAUGAAUCUAAAAAGGAAAUGUUAGAUGAUCAGUUAAUAAAAUCUUUAUGGGGAAAUAAUGAAUGUGAUUAUGUUUAUCUUCCUUCUGAGGGGAGAUCAGGGGGUAUCAUAGUAAUGUGGAAUCCAUCGAUUGUAAUGAAGGAAGAGGAAUUAUUGGGAGCUUUUUAUGUUACACUUAAAUUCAAAAAUAUCCAUGAUGGUUUUGUUUGGAUUUUUACAUUUGUGUAUGGCGCUACAGACCCAUUGGAUUAUGAUCAAUUUUGGCAGGAGCUAUUUGAUAUCAGAACUAUCUAUUCAUAUCCUUGGUGUUUGGUGGGAGAUUGGAAUGCAAUUCUUCAUCAAUCUGAGAGAAACCAGGCUGGUAGCUGUUUUAGGUUGAGAAGGUCCAUAUCUGAUUAUGCUCCAGUUAUGUUUAAUUGCAAUGAAGGUACUUCUACUAAACCACCUUUUAGAUUUGAAAAUUACUACCCUUCUCAUCCAGAUUUUGUACCUCAAAUGAGAAUCUGGUGGUCAGGUUUGGUUUUUAGUGGUAGGCCAAGUUUUGUUUUGGAUAAAAAGCUUCAAGCUUUAAAAGUAUUUAUAAAGCAAUGGGGCAGGGAGAUGUUUGGUUCUUUGCAGAAGGAAGUUGACAAGCUUGAGACUACAAUUGAUGUCCUGGAUAGUUUAGAAGAAAUGGGUUUUUUGUCUCAAGAAGAUUUUCAUGCUAGAGAAGUAGCAAGAAUUGAUCACGAAACAACUUAA